AUGUUUGGAAAUAAUGGAAAUAAUGUAGGUUUUGCCAUUGCUCAAAGACUUUUAUAUCAUUCAUCUCAGAAUCCUUUAGAUAAAUAUCGAAUUAUAUUGGGAUGUCGUAAUGAAGUUAAAGCAACCAAAGCUCGAAAAGAAUUAUUAAAAGAAUAUCCGAAUGGUUUGAUUGAUAUUGUUAUGGUAGAUGUUAAUUUAUUAUUCUGUAAUGCGGGAAUAUUAUCAUGUGUAUAUGUGGAUUGGUGGGUUAUCCCUUAUCAAUUGAUAAGUAAUCCAAAAGAAUUAUUUACAGAUACUAAAUUAAUAGUUCAACCAGUGGGAAAUUUAACAGAAGAAGGUUUAGGAGAAACAUUUGCUUGUAAUAUUUUUGGUCAUUAUGUCAUGGUUAGUUUAUUCUAUUUUAAUUGGUUAAUAGAUAAUUCUAAUAUGUUAGCAGCAGCAGCAGGACAUGCUCGUAUCGUAUGGACCAGUUCUUGUACAGCUAAAAGAGAUGAUUAUAAUCCUAUUGAUUAUCAAUGUAUUAAAGGAUCAAGUCCAUAUGAAUCAUCAAAAUAUAUUUCAGAUAUAAUUUCCAUUGCUCUCAAUUCACGUUUAAAUCAACGUGGCAUAUUUAGUUUUACUACUCAUCCCGGAGUUGUUGCUAGUAAUAUUGUACGUGAUCACCUUGGAAUUGUGAUGGGAAAAGCAAUGGAAAUUGGACUUCAUUUGGCAAGAAUUUUAGGAUUAAAAGAAGAAACAAUUACUGCUUGGAAUGGAUCAUAUUCAAAUUAUAUUGUAGCAACCCAACCAAUUGAAAAUCUUAAUAAAUAUCAUAAAUAUGGUAGUUAUGUUAAACCUUGGGGUUCUGUUUAUUACCUUGAUGAAUUAAUUGAUCGUUAUAAUGAAAAUGAAGCUUUGAAACGUGUUCUGUACCGACAAUAA